AUGAUAUUGGAGCUUAAUAUUGGCCAGGAUAGCCGUGAAAAUUUCACGUUAGUAUUGUAAUGGGGCAAUGGGAUUUGUCACAUCUGCCCGAGAAAGUAGUUUAAUGUCUUCCGACAGCGCAGAAUUUCCCUCAGAAUCGCGCGGGAGUGUCAGCCUAAUAUCUUUGAGCUCCAAAUCUGGAGAGGAAUUUUACCCUUAGAAACAUUCUCAGAACCGAAAGUGCAAAUCAAGGCUGACCUAACUGAAAAAGACAAACGUGGAAUCAUUCCCAGUCACAACAUUGAUCGAUGAGGAAAUGCCCAAUAAUCCCCAUUCCGGUUUGGCUAUGCAUUGUCUUCACGGGGAGAAUCUGUCCCGCAGUACAGUAUAUUGUUUAAGCUUUCCGAAAGAAGUGAUGUGAUGUUAACCUGACGAAGUGUUUCUCCCGAGGAGAGAGAAGACGAUUCUUUGUGCUGAGACACAGGAUAGCGGUGUGUGUCUGCCUACGAGUGCGAGGCAGCCCUUGCCCCUUUAACUGCUGGCGCUGUGCAUUGACUCUGGGUAUUUACAGUAGGUGUCAGUAUAGUUUCUUGCCCAGUCGCUGCCGGGGCUCCCAAUGCUGGCUGGUAGCCACUCUCCGUCUUCAGGAGGACAAUCUCGAUCGCUGUUUUCUUUCUCUUUAUCGUUCCCCGAGGAAAAUAAAAAUCCUCAGUAACUUAAACAUCAUCCGACAGUCGCCGCGAGAACAAGAACUGAACUCUCAAUAGGAAUUCGACCAAGUGCAUGCAACAGAGAGAGAGAGAGAGAGAGCAGCACAUAAGAGAGAGAAGCUUGUUUAUUUUAAUCCGAUCUGCGGCAGGACCCAAUUCAUAACAAUUAGUCAGCCGUAGCCGGAAAUAUCCCCAGUUCCGCGCCGCUGAAGGAAUAGUGCAGGCUUACAACUGGAAACUGGAUGAGGAUGCUGGAGUUACAACCAAGACAGCGAUUCCUGACCUCGGAUCACACUUGAGCACAAAACGGGGAGUGGGGUAAAGGUCUUUAUACCUGCAAGGAAAAUUCGGGGGAGAAUUUAAGUGCUCGAACAUCAGCCCACCUUAGCUCCCCCUGCACCUACAGCCUGCCGGCUGCCGUUCACAUGCACCCAUGGUCGAUACCAAGAACAGAAACAUGAAGUGUCUGACUUUCUUCUUGAUGCUUCCAGAGGCGGUGAAGAAAUCCAAGAAGGCAUCGAAGGCCAGCCGGCUGCCGGUGUGCUACGAGAUACUGACAUUCAGGAAGAGGAUGGCGGCGGAGAUGUACAGCGCCAAGAAAGUGGCCGGCCCUAGCGUCAGUGUCCAGAGUCAUCAGCAGAACCUCAACAACAACAACACCAUCCAGGGGACUAACUGGCAGGGGCUGUACCCCACCAUCCGAGAGAGAAACGCUGUGAUGUUUAACAAUGAUUUGAUGGCAGAUGUUCAUUUUGUGGUUGGACCACAAGGUGGGACCCAGAGGUUGCCAGGACAUAAGUACGUUUUGGCUGUUGGGAGCUCAGUAUUUCAUGCAAUGUUUUAUGGGGAUCUUGCUGAAGAUAAGGAAGAAAUUAGAAUUCCUGACGUUGAGCCCGUUGCUUUUCUCGCUAUGUUGAAGUACAUCUACUGUGAUGAAAUCGAGCUAGCUGCAGAUACGGUCCUGGCCACCCUCUAUGCGGCCAAGAAGUACAUUGUCCCUCACCUGGCUCGAGCUUGUGUUAACUUCCUGGAGACCAGCCUGAGUGCCAAGAAUGCCUGCGUGCUGCUGUCCCAGAGCUGCCUCUUCGAGGAGCCCGACCUGACCCAGCGCUGCUGGGAGGUUAUUGAUGCCCAGGCUGAGCUGGCUUUGAAGUCUGAGGGUUUUUGUGACAUUGACUAUCAGACAUUGCAGAGCAUCCUGAACAGGGAGACUCUCAACACCAAGGAAAUCACCCUGUUUGAGGCGGUGCUGAGCUGGGCAGAGAUGGAAUGCCACCGGCAGGAGCUGACCACCAGCAUUGAGAACAAGCGCAAAGUCCUGGGCAAGGCACUGUAUCUGAUCCGCAUCCCAGCCAUGACACUGGACGACUUUGCCAACGGGGCGGCCCAGUCCGGGGUGCUGACGCUUAAUGAGACCAAUGACAUCUUCCUGUGGUACACGGCGGCCAAGAAGCCGGAGCUGGAGUUCGUGUGCCGGCCUCGCAAGGGCCUGGCGCCCCAGCGCUGCCACCGCUUCCAGUCGUGCGCCUACCGCAGCAACCAGUGGCGCUACCGGGGCCGCUGUGACAGCAUCCAGUUCGCUGUGGACAGGAGGGUCUUCGUUGCCGGCUUUGGCCUGUAUGGCUCCAGCUGUGGCUCAGCCGAGUACAGCGCCAGUAUCGAGCUGAAACGACAGGGUCUCAUUCUGGGCCAGAACUUCAGCAAGUUCUACUCGGAUGGUUCCAGCAACACCUUCCCCGUGUGGUUCGAACACCCGGUGCAGGUUGAGCCAGACAUUUUCUACACAGCCAGCGUGGUGUUGGACGGCAACGAGCUGAGCUACUUUGGGCAGGAGGGGAUGACUGAGGUGCAGUGCGGAAAGGUCACCUUCCAGUUUCAGUGUUCGUCAGACAGCACCAACGGUACAGGCGUACAAGGUGGACAACUCCCAGAGCUAAUAUUCUAUGGCUAAAGGGCAACAAUGACACACUGGAAAGCCUUCCAAUUCGCACUUCGGUCUGCCUAGUGUGACCUGUACACAGUAUGGAACUAAUUGUAAACUUAAACACUUGCAGAUGAGAAAAAGACACACCAUGCUGCCUCUAUAAGUGCUUUCCAGUCCAGUCCCAAUCUCAAGCUCUCGGUCCAAAGUUUGCAAAUUGCAGCACGUCAAGCGAGCAUCUAAGUACUUUUCCUAAACUAGCAGCUCCGAGGUUCUUUUGCCUUGGAGCGUUCACAGGGAAGGAGAGCAGUCAGGGGACUAUCUCCCGCUCCCAAUUAUUGUAAAGCACAUUCAGAAAGCAUGCAUAUGUAUAGAAUAUGCCUCUGUUAAAUGUGCCGAUCCAUAAGUGGUCAAAUUUAAAUUUAUGCACAUGACUUUCCUGCCUAUUUUACAGGCAAUGAAUUCCAAUUUUCAUCGCAUUUGAAUGAGAAAAAUUCUCCUAAGCACGCCUUUUAAUACACUUUCCAAUCCCCUUUAAUCUAUGCCCCUGAUAAAGAACUCUCAAACAUGUAAAGUAAGAUCCCCUUAAUUUAAUAUGCCCCUAUUUUAAUCUCUUCUCAUACCUUUUGUUUCAGUUUUUCUAAAUAUUUAAGAUCUAGCAAGUAUUACAAAUUGAUGGUCUCUUGAUCAACAGCUUCAGCUACAUCCAUAUGCUGUUCUAAAAGCAACGCUAGCUGUUUCCCUUUUCUACGCAAAUAAUGGUUUAUUUAAGGAAAGAUGUACUGUCAAACUGUUCAAGUUGAUUCCUGAGCUAAAAGUGCUAAUUUAUGAGCAGCUUGAGCCUGUAUUCAUUGGAGUUUAAAAGAAGCAGUUGUGAUCUUACUGAAACCUGUAGGAAUCUAGGGUGUGGCACUGACAGAGAGGUUGGGUGCAGACAGGGCAAACAGUGGACUUUUCCCCUUCCUGCAUAAUCUAGAUUUAUGAAGCAUACUUUUAGGACACGGUGUCUCCUAAUUUAACAGGCAGGAGGAAGAAUAUCUUUGAAGUUUUUUUGAAACGCUUGCUUCAGAAUUCUGUGCAGGCUGAGUCAUAAAAUCUGUCCGAGGCCGAGCUAGAUUGAUGUUGGUUUUUAGGGAGUUAACUGUUGUCGAACUAGAUAAGAAAGUGGAACUGAGACCAAGAUGAUGUCAGCCAUGAUCUCAAUGAAUAGUGGAACAAACUUCAAGGUAAUUCUGUUCCUUUUAUGUCCAUGUAUUUAAUACUGUUUGGCUAGCCUAGGUGUAAAAAUUAUAUUCACCUAUUCACCAGCAAAGGUGAAAGGUCUGGGAUGUUCAUUUUGUAAUGGAUUACUAUAGCUAUUGGGAUACUGCCACAGAAUGGACUGAAUGGCCUGGCUUCCCUCACCUCCAUCCUCUGCAAAGCACAGCUACAAAUUUCUCCACCUUUCUUGUCCCCACUUGUCGUGAUGUGUUGAAGUACCUUUUAAUGGAGAACAUAUUUGACUUUGUUGCUGCCAAGGUAAUGCAACGGGAGCACAGGUAGCAUGAUUGAAAUGGAUAAACAGAAUUUUAAGAUGUGCAUGAAGGGAUGAAAGCUUGUCAGCUGAAAGAGUGGGUGUAAGGAUGCUCAAGUCUUCCAAUGAGAGUUGAAGGGGUAUACAACAGGAAUUCUGCAGAUGCUGGAAAUUCAAGCAACACACAUAAAAGUUGCUGGUGAACGCAGCAGGCCAGGCAGCAUCUCUAGGAAGAGGUGCAGUCGACGUUUCAGGCCGAGACCCUUUGUCAGGACUUUGUCUGUUUGUCCUGUUGAAGGGGUAUAAUCCUUUGUUAUUUUUUACUGCACAACCAAUGCUCAGGAUAGAACAUGAAUCAGAAAUUGUAGGUCGAAGUUACACUACAAAAACUUGAGCACAAAAUCAGCCUGUCUCUCUAUUCUAAUAAGGGAGUGUUGAUCUGCCAGAGGGACAGUCUUUUGCAUGAGACAUUAAAUUGAAGCUCUGUCUGAUCUCUCAGGUAGAUGUACUAAAUCAUAAAGACUGUCUGCAGGUGCUGGAAAUCCAAAGCAACACACGCAAAAUGCUGGAGGAACUCAGCAGGUCAGGCAGCAUCAAUGGAAAUGAAUAAACAGUUGACGUUUCAGGUCAGGACUCCGAAUAAGGGUUUCUUUCCAUAGAUGCUGCCUGACCUGCUGAGUUCCUCCAGCAUUUUGUGUGCGCUGUUUCAGAUGUACAAGAUACCCUGAUGCUAUUUGGAAAAGAGGCAGGAUGAUCCCCCUGGGAUCCUGUCAUAAGUCAAUCAGCAUUGGUAAAAUAGGAAAUUUCUAAACAUUGUGAAAACAGUUUUUGCAAAUCCUACUUGGGCAAAAUUGGGUGGCGCAUUUCCUCUAUUAGAAGAGUAAUUAGAGAGGAUGAAGGGUGAUGUGGAAAUCCCUUUUUCCUUCCUCCAUCUAAUAAUAGCCGUUUACCCAUCUCAGUUAGAGUACCUAGGUUCUACCACAAUUUCCUGUUGCUAGAAUCACUGAAUCCUAUAAUUUUGGGCAGCCUUCUAGACACUUGUUAGCAGUGAUAGUGGGAGAUCAGAAUGCAUAUUCUUUGCUUCUGUCUCACCCCUUCCCUUGACAAUCUAAUGUAGAAGCAAAGGGACAGUAUCUAUUCUGAUAUGAGAUCAUGAACUUGAAGCAUUACCCUUGUUUCUCUCUUUAUUGACGCUACCUAACCUGCCAAGUCUCUCCAGCAUCUACUAUCGUUUGUACAUUUGUGGUAUACCAGUAUCUACCUCUAGUUUACUUGAGUUGGUCUGUAGACCGAUAUGACCAUUUUUCCUAUGCAUAGAAUGUGUUAAAGAGAACAAAAAACUGAAAAUCAAAUUUGCAAGAAAAUGUUUUGAAUUACAGUAAAUGUAUUUCAUCUCCAGAAUAAUUUAACUGAUCAGAAUGUGCUGGCCAUUGUCUUAUUAAAUUGUGUGGGAGGAUGAAAAGGCAGCAGAAAUCAAUGGUAGGUUGAUGUAAUAAAGAAUACUGUAAUCAUCUUCCAAGAGUCCUUCAUACAAAGCAAAUGAACCUUGUAAAUAGAGAUUAGUUUGGCUACACUUUUUACAGUCUAAUAAUUAAGACCUUUCAAGCAAGGUCUCUGGAGAUUUUUUCCCUUUUCGUUCACUAGCCACUGGCAAUACAUUUUUGAUCAUAUAGCAAGAUACAAGAAAAAGAGAAAUGAUAAUACUUUAUUAAUUAAGUUAAGAGAAACUUACUGAAACAUUGACAUGAAGCUUGUAUGUGCUGACAGUUGGGAAAGGCUUUGCCUCCAGUCCCCAGUUCACCUAAUAUUAGUUCAGGGGUGAUCUAGUUGAACUGUUUCAAAUAUUUAGAGGACUUGAUAGUAGACAGAGAGAGACCAUAUGCUUCUCAUUGGAGAAGUCCAGAAUAAUUGAUUAGAACCUUAAAUUUGAAUGGUGUCAUUUGAUGUGUUAGGGUGUCAAGAAGCACUUCCUCACACUAAGAACGGUGGGAAUCUGGAAGCAUCCUGCUUCAGAGCUGCAACCCCACCACCACCUAACCCCAACAUUCUACCACCACCUACCCCAACAACCCUGCUGUCUGUACCAAAAACAAAAUUUCAACUCUGGAGAUCAUUGAAAAAAAUCAAAAUAGAAAUCAUUUGGCUUUUGUUUACCAAGGGAGUAAGGGUUAAUAAACCAAAGUAGUUGGAAAGCCAAUGUCCAGAAAAUCCAUGAUCUAAUAGAAUGAUGAAACAGACCCAAGGAGAUAGAUCACCUCAUCCCAUUCCUGUCAUCUGAAGAGCAAACUACUCCAUCAUUUGCCUAGAUAAUAUUCAAAUAUUCAUAUUUUUGAAUUGCAUGCUCAAAAUAAAAAUAUAUUAAAUCAAAGGAGAAUAUUUGAAAUUGCCAUCUGUGCACAGACUUAAGGAAAAAUGUGAAAGUCUAAGAAAGACCAUAUUGUUAUCAGGGCAGAGGAGUCAGUUAUAUCUUGCAUUUGUUUGUGGAUCAGAGACAGCACUGGUAAGGCAGACAUUUAUUGCCCAUACUUAAUUUCAUCAGAAUUAAGUGACCUAUUUCUAAGCAGAGAGCAUCAAACAUGUUCAGUUCUUUAGAGAGAUUGGGAUAGGGAAGGUUGAGAAAUAACCAAACAAGAUUUUUCAAAAUGAUCACAUUUGACAGUAAUUGAUUAUAGAUCAGCAAUCAAAGUUAUUGGCCAAAGAGCUUGACAGUUAAUUCCAUAAAUAAUUUUGAAAGAAAUUGAGUAAGGAAUUGAGGAUGAAGAACUUAUCAACUUUGAACAAAAAAUGAGGGUGAUGAACUAAGCACAUCUUUUUCAAAAGGGCCUACAUUGACCCGAUGGGCCAAAUGGUCUCUUUUUGUGUUCUAGAUUCCUAUCAUUUCACAAUCAGCUUUUGGGGAAAGUUUUAGCACGGUAUUGUUGGACAGCUUUUCAAGGCCAGCAUUCAUUUUGAAGUCUGGAAGGGGAAUUAUGGUGUCAGUAAUUAAUGAGAACAGACAGUAACUACUGAUUUAGCUCAUCUAUACCAGAUUAAAAAUAGCAGCUUCAAAGUCUAAUGGACAUAAUGUGCUUAGCUGACAGAAGCCAUGAAAUCAGGACAGAUACCCUUGAAGUUAUUUGUUAGACACAUCACGAACUUGCAUCAAAAACGUGCAGUACCACUUGGGACAACUAUCUCUUUUAAUCGGCUUCAUAAAAGCUAUAACACAAAGAAAUGGAUGUCACUUCCUUCGGUUAUUUAUCUAAAUCUUAUUAUGGGAAUCAAUCAUAAAACCAAUGAAUGACAGAGAAUGGAAGUAGGAGGCCAUUCAGCCCAAUAUACCUGUGCCAGCUCUUUAAAGGAAAUAACUAAUAGUCCUUCUCAGUAUUAGGUUUAUUUUCCAUCCUCAGAUAAUGUUUUUUUUAGGAAGUUACUACUUAUUCUGAAAAUUAGCAUGCAGUUGCACCUGGUAAUAAGGAGUGAAAUGUGAGUCUUUAUUGCAAAGAAAAUGGAAUGCAAAUAUAGGAAAGAACGGUGCAGAGACCUGGUUAGGCCACACCAGGAGUACUACAGGUAAUUUUGGUAAGUUUAUAUAAGGAGGGGUUUAUUUGCCUUUAAAGUAAUACAGGGAAGGUUUACUAGGUUGAUUCCUGUGAGGAAGCAGGUAAUAGAUUAAUCAAAUAUAAUUUGAGUUUAUAAGAUUGAAAGGUAGUCUUUAUUGAAACCUGGGUUUCUUAGGGAUCUUGACAGGAAGGAUUUUUCCCUGGUGGGGAAGUCCAGAACUAGAGGGCAUAACCUCAGGAUGAGGGUUGGUUACUUAAGGCUGAAUUGAGGAGGCAUUUCUGAAGAUUUAAACAUUAGCUUUAUUUGUCACAUGUGCAUCGAAACGUAUGGUGAAACGCUUCAUUUACGCCAAUGGCCAACACAGUCCAAAGACGUGUUGAGGGCAGCCCACAAUUGUCGCCAUGCUUCUGGCACCAACGUAGCAUGCCCACAACUUACUAAUCCUUAACCGUAUGUCUUUGGAAUGUGGGAUGAAACUGGAGCACCCAUGGCCACGGGGAGAACGUACACACUCCUUAUGGACAGCAGCAGGAAUUGAUCUCUAAUCACUAAUCCCAGGCACUGUAGUAGUGUUACUCUAACUGCUAUGCCACCGUGCUGAGUGAUGUAAAUCCUUAGAGUUACCUUCUCUUGAGAGCUCUAAAUGAUGAGAUAGGUUUUCAGAAUACUGUGGGAACUGAGGAAUAUGGGGUAAGGCAAGAACGUGGAAUUGAGGCCAAAGGUCAAAUCUGCCAUGAAUUUAAGUGGCAGAGUAGGGUCAAGGCAUAUGACCUACCCGUGUACUUACAUGUUAUACUGCUGCAUUCAUCUCCAUUCUGAUCAGGAUAUGUUGUGUCACCUCAUCUUUUAAAUAGGAUCUUGGCCAUUCCUAGGAAUAAUAAUACAUCACCACAUUUUUAAAAACCUUGGAUUUCCUAAUAGUUCUCCCAGUUUUGUUUUUUUUACGUUAAUGGCUAAAUGAUACCAUGUUUCAGUUUAUUUAGACCAAAUGGUCUUGUAAUACAGAUAAGCCGCCAAAGUUAAAACUACUCCCCGUUAUAAUAGUUGCUUUGAAGCUUUGCAAGUAAAUGAUACAAACUGCUUGUGGGAGUGUAUCACAAAUUUGCUGAUUAUUGCAGCUCUGCAUUUUAGUUUGAUUUGCAAACCAUAACAGUUAUAUUUCAUACUUGAACAAGCAUCUGGCUAGACCAAUGCUGUUUCGAUAGAAGAAUUAAAGUGUCUAUGGACCUACUAACUGAAGUGAAAUGUGAUUUCUUUUUUUCUAAAAAAAAAUGGCAAUUUGAUAAGGAAGAAUGUUAUUGUGGUAUGUAAUUAAUUUCACAGCUUUUUUAAAAAAAGAAACAUUCAUUUGUUACUGCAUUGUAUAUUGCUCCUGUGAAAAUGGUGAAGUAACAAAUUUUAUUUGUGCAUCAGUCUGGCACUGUAUGUUUCAGUGAAAUCUAUACAUAUCUAUAACUAAAAUCAUUUCCAAAGUACAUAUUUGACACUGAUUAUAUAGUUUCUUAAAUUGUGGUUGGCAACUGAAGUCUUUGUGAAGAUGAUAAAGUACCUCAAGCUUGAAAUUGUUGUACCUUCACAUGCUGUAAUGAAGCAGUUUGAAUGUUGUUAGACAGAUGAAUGUGUAGGAUUUAUUAAAACUUCAAAGGGAAAUAAAGAAAGCUGGUUCUUUGUUGUCUGCUAGAUGCAUCUAAAAUACUGCAUUUUCACUUUGUUCAUCCUUUUCUUGCUACCUGGAAGCCAAAAUCCAUGACCUU